UCUCGUCUGUCUAGUUGUCGACGGUAGAUGCAUAGGCAGUCCUGGAAAGAAUCUGAGGGGUGAAAGUUUCUUUCUUUCAGUUUUUAUAUUAAUAUAUUCUUUUAUUUCUUUAGGGUAUUGAAGUCCUUUAAACAUGGCUUCCUCGGAUGUUGCUCGUCAGCCGGAUCAAGGAACCCGGCCUUUGUCCCUCGCUGGCCAUGUAGGCUUUGACAGUCUUCCAGAUCAGCUUGUCAACAAGUCCAUCACACAGGGCUUCUGCUUCAAUAUUCUCUGCAUCGGUGAGACCGGUAUCGGCAAGUCUACACUGAUGGACACCCUAUUUAACACCAACUUUGAGAACUUUGAGUCAUCCCAUUUUGAACCUCAAGUGAAGCUGCGGGCCCAAACCUACGACCUGCAGGAAAGCAACGUCAGACUUCGUCUCACUGUGGUCAACACUGUUGGCUUUGGGGACCAGAUGAACAAACAAGAAAGCUAUCAGCCAGUGGUGGACUACAUUGACAAGCAAUUUGAGACUUACCUUCAGGAGGAGCUAAAAAUCAAACGCUCUCUGCACAACUACCAUGACUCCCGAGUGCACGCCUGUCUGUACUUUAUCUCCCCCUCGGGCCAUUCACUCAAAUCUCUGGACCUUGUAACAAUGAAGAAGCUGGACAGCAAGGUGAACAUAAUUCCAGUUAUUGCCAAGGCCGACACCAUCAGUAAGAGCGAGCUGCACAAAUUCAAGAUCAAAAUCAUGAGCGAACUGGUCAGCAACGGUGUGCAGAUCUACCAGUUUCCUCUGGACGACGAAACCGUGGCCAAAGUCAACACCACCAUGAAUGGCCAUCUCCCGUUUGCUGUCGUAGGCAGCACAGAGGAGGUGUGUGUUGGCAAUAAGAUGGUGAAAGCUCGCCAGUAUCCGUGGGGAGUUGUUCAAGUGGAAAACGAGCAGCACUGCGACUUCGUGAAGCUGAGGGAGAUGCUCAUUUGUGUAAACAUGGAGGACCUGAGAGAGCAAACCCACACACGCCAUUACGAACUUUACCGGCGCUGCAAGUUGGAGGAGAUGGGCUUUAAGGACACCGACCCCGAGUGCAAACCUGUCAGUUUGCAGCAGACGUAUGAGGCCAAGCGUCAGGAGUUCCUGGCUGAGCUGCAGAAGAGAGAGGAUGAAAUGCGGCAGGUUUUUGUUCAGAGGGUGAAGGAGAAGGAAGCAGAGCUGAAGGAGGCUGAAAGAGAGCUGCAGAGUCGUUUUGAGCAGCUGAAGCGUCUGCAUGCCGAUGAGAAAGCAGCUCUGGAGGAGAAGAGGCGCCUUUUGGACGAAGACCUGAGUUCUUUCAGUAAGAGAAAAACUGCAGCUCAGCUGCUGCAGGGCCAGAGCCUCGCGGUCAACGGCAAGAAAGACAAGGACCGUAAGAAUUCAGCUUUCAUGUGAAGACUUUGAAGAUCGGAAGUGCACCUCAUUAUGACCAGUGUAACCAGUGGCCCUUUGCCAUUCCUUCCAGCCAGUCCACAACACUACCUUGAAAAAAAAAAGAAAAACCAGCACAUUUGGGUUGCCAAAGUUUAAUACUGCUUCCAAAAACUUGUCUACACUAUCCUCUGAUGUCUUUUUAAUCUCUUUUGUAAGAUUUUCCGAGGGAUUUUGUGUUUCUUGUUAUUUUAUUUGUAUUUAUCCUCUUUUAUGACUUUUUUACUUUCGCCAUACUAAAAAUUUAAAUGUUUACAAAUCACAUUACAUAGACAGGUACAAAACUCCACCUUUGGUGACAUCUUUGAUUAUGUUAGCCGACUGCUUCUUCAUGUUACUGUCCUUUUUCAGACCUGUUUUUGCUUGUUCUAAUGUGUUGCCAAUCCACUACAAUACAACCAUAUCAUUUUUGUAAGUUAGCCUUUUUAUACAAGACUUUAAGGUAAGUUUUGUAGAAUCAUUUAAACGCUGAAUUCGGUCUCAGGGUGGUUUGAAAUUCACCAGCUUGUUUUCCCCCUCGUCUUUGAAAUGUGUUUAAAAAGGGUUCAAACUGCCUUCUUUACCUUUUCUUUAAGUCAUCAUAGCGCUUUCAAGUUUGAAAAUUAUUCUAAGGGCAUUAUAUGCUUUCUUUUGUUUUCUUAUUGCAGUUUGUUUUAUAUGCAAACCUUUAUUUUUUUUGUUGUUCCUUCUGUAAUUGUUUCCAAAGGGAACUGUGCAUUUAUAGAUAGGAUUUCUGAAACUAGUGUUAGUUUAUUUGUUUUGGAAAUGGAAGAUGUUACAGGACCUAUUUAUAAAAAUGUUUCUCUCACUCCCUUUUUAUUUUUACUGCCACAAAUGAUGAAUCUUUGCUGCAAAUCAUGGGAAAACUAUGCAUUAUAUUAUCAAUGUUGAGGGAGCAAAAGUAACAGAAGGAUUUUUUUUUUUUCUUUUUCGUUCAAAAUUUGAUUUUCAUUUUACUGUAGAGCUAAAACACUUUGGUGCUGGUUUCCAACAAAGUAUGGUUUAACUAAACUUUAAGACUUUUUAUUCUGACAUCUUAGUGCCUUAAGUGUAUGACACUUAUAAAUACACUACCCACACACUGCCACAAAUACUCUAGUUUUACUACAUUUGUUUAUAAGGAAUAAACAGUAUUAUUUGGUUUUGUUCUUUUUAAAUAAAUCCUUGUAUUUUUGUCUC